AAUCCAUCAGAUUCCAACCUAACUGCCAUGAUGGAGGACAACAUUUAACGAGAAUGCUAUAAUGUAUCCAUAGUGUGCACUUUCGGCUUACUUGAAAAUGAGGAAUUUAUAUACGAGCUCGUCCGCGGGAUUGCUUAAUUGGAACAUUUCUGGAACUUUCUUUUGAAUAUUGCCUGGUUGAAAGCAAGCCCGUGCUGUGGACACACGCGACCUCUGACAUCACGGAUUUACGCAGCGCUUGUUGACGAUCAGCGAGGCUGUGGGAGAUCCUUCCCAGUCUGUGGUUGGUGAAUCCGGUGUCCAAGAAGACCGCCUCUCUCCGCGUCUGUCCAGUGCGUUAAAGCGAGUAAGGCGUCUCAGAGAGGAGGUACCGGGAUGAAAACGAAAAACUGCUUUUUUUGCGAUUUUGCUGAAUUUUACAAGGGGAUUACGGUUCUGUUGCCUGCCUGCUUGCCUGCCAAUUUGGGUCACCUGCUUCGCUCCAAGGCGCUUUUAUUAGGCUCCACAUUCCUGCCCAGUGUUGAAUUAAUCUUUACCCUUCAUGCCGCAUUGGAAUAAUUUCAUCUAUCAUGGAUUUGAUUUUCUUUUACAAAGUCACCGUUGAGGCUCGGUUAGACAUCCUAUAGAUUCGGACACUGUAAGCUACCAUCGUACUCACCCAUAUAGCGCAACAUCAGGAGGGGAACAUGGCCAAAAAUGCCCCAGGCGGACCGUUGCGGGAUGAUUUAAGCAAGCUCUCCGGAGAGGAGCUCUCCAGGCUCGGCAAAGACGAGCUGAUCAGGAGGCUACGGAAAACGGAUAACGAGAAAAUGUACUUAAUGGUGGAGCACGGGAACAUGAUGAAAGAUGUGAACAGGAGACUACAGGUCCACCUCCACGAGAUCCGCAGCCUCAAAGAGAUCAACCAGAAGCUUCAGGAUGAUAACCACGAACUCCGGGAGCUCUGCUGUUUCCUGGACGACGACCGACAGAAGGGCAAGAAGCUGUCACGAGAGUGGCAACGCUUCGGCCGCUACACCGCCGGAUCGAUGUGGAAGGAUGUCGGGGUGUACCAUCAGAAGCUGAAGGAUCUGGAAGCCAACCAGGACUCUGUGAUGCGGGAGAACCUGGAACUGAAAGAGAUCAUUCUGAUGCUGGAUGAGGAGAGGAACGGAGCCGGGUCACGGAGCUCCAUAGAUUCCCAGUCCAGCCUGACCAACCUGAACGGGGGCACGGGAACCGUUAGGGACGUCGGGGACGGGAGCAGUACCUCCAGCACCGGCAGCGCCGGUAGUCCUGACCACCACCACAACCACAUACACAAGCCAAACGAGGGAAAAAUAGCAUCCCUGCGGAGGUCUAUGGACGACCUAUCGCUGGCGUCACACAUCCACCUGCGCAUUCCUAAUGGACUGAAUGAUCCAUCUUCAAACUACAUGAGACAACUGGAGACCAAGGUCAGCAUCCUAGAGGAUGACAACAAGCAGCUGCUAUCACAGCAGGCUAACAGUGGUGAUCUGAACAGUCUGAGGAAGGGUCUGUCUCUCUACCACUCUGAGUCUCAGCUCUCCUCUCUCACACAGUACCAGCAGGACGCCGUGCAGAAUGGCUCCGGUAGGACCCCUAGUGGUGAGCCAUCUCCCCCAGCAGACUACCUCCCUGUGGGCCAGAAGCCCGAGGCUGUGGUCCAUGCCAUGAAGGUGCUCGAGGUCCAUGAGAAUCUAGAGAAGAAAAUCCCUGAAGACUACGACAAGGACCUCAGUGAGAAGGAGAAAGCCAUCGUCAGGGAGAUGUGUAACGUGGUGUGGCGUAAACUGGGUGACGCUGCGGGCUCCAAGCCUUCAAUCCGCCAGCAUCUCUCUGGGAACCAGUUCAAAGGGCCUUUGUAGUCCCUAGGACGACAUUAACCAGCACUCAAACGAGACAAAUGGACAGACAAAUAAAUAAACAACAACAACAACAACAAUGGAUCCUCAGCACUGACUGGACAAAGGGGCACAUCUCAAUUGAACCUCUCCUACUCUCUCAGCACUGUGACCGUGGCUAGAUGAUCCAGACAAACCCUAACCUAAACCCAGCCCUCUGCCUCUGCAUCUGUGAUAUCUAUCUUUGGCCUCCCUUAACCUCAUGCCCUGGUGGAUAUGGGAAUGGUGACCUGACCUGGGUAGUGGCUACAGGCCAUUUCAGAUUAGGGCAAAACAGACCGUGACGACGAAUGGUUCGAAACAGCGGGUGGCCGUCCUAUCGCCUCCACAGCACAACAGAGCAUCUGCCUUCAUUUUCUGUCCAAUGCCUGACUAUUCUACACUUUGAAUCGCCUCCGUCACUUGACAGUUAUGGUGUGUUUUUGAAGAAGAGGAAGAUGAAGGGAGGAUAGGGGCACGAGGCAUGCAUUACCAACUGAACUCUCCCUUACAACCUCACAACCAGUCACGACAGUACUGAGCUACUGUGACCUGUUCUACAGUACUACACCUGACAGUCCCAACCAGUCACUACAGUACUGAGCUACUAUACCUGUGACCUGUUCUACAGUACUACACCUGACAGUCCCAACCAGUCACUACAGUACUGAGCUACUAUACCUGUGACCUGUUCUACAGUACUACACCUGACAGUCCCAACCAGUCACUACAGUACUGAGCUACUAUACCUGUGACCUGUUCUACAGUACUACACCUGACAGUCCCAACCAGUCACGACAGUACUGAGCUACUAUACCUGUGACCUGUUCUACAGUACUACACCUGACAGUCCCAACCAGUCACGACAGUACUGAGCUAGAGCACUACAUCAUCUCCACCCAACGUCUCUUUUUGUGUUUGUGUAAAUGUUCACCUACCAAGUGUUCAGGACUGACAACCACUCUAGGACGGACUAUUCUACUGCAGGCCCUGUUCUGUUCUUGACUUUGCUUCCAUGACUUCUCCACAGGCAACUGACCGACAACUGACUGACAACCUACUUUUAAUAUGAGGAAAAAUCCUGGAAAUGUUCUGAUGUAAUUUCCUUCGGUGUGUAGUCACAAGCCAUAGGUUUACAUGACUUGAAACCUAGCUGCUGCAGCCUACUGUUUGAUAGUGUCGUCCCCUUUUGCCUGAGCAGGAAGUAUGUGUUCAAGUGUAGACAGAAUUUAUUUCAAAGUGUUCAACUAAAUUCUAGCACCAAAUCAGUUAUGUGUAACAAAACGUAGCCCUGUUUAAAAAAAAGUUAUCAAGACCGUGUUUGUUUGUGCCUCAAAUUGCACCCUCUUCCCUAUACCAACACUAUAUAGGCAUUAGGGUGCCAUUUCGGAUGCACACGUUGUAACUAAGUACAGAAAGUGGAACACUGAGUUCAGUUUCAUACCCUGUGUUUCAAAAGUUUCCUCCCAGGCAGAAAGCUUAUAGCCUGGGUAGGGUCUGUUUAUGCUCUCCUGCCAACUCCUAGAAUUGUCAAGCCAAAAAUGUUACAUUUUAGUCAUGUAGCAGGCACUCUUAUCCAGAGCAACUUACAGGAGUGAGUUCAUACGUUUUCUCAUAAAAGUGUUGUUGCAAGCACCAUGCUCCACCAGUUGAGCCAUACAGGACUUGACAAUGUCUGCAAUGGAGUUGGCAAAAGGACAAACAGCUCUCGGACCAGGCUUGAAAGCUUAGCCUGUCAGACUAUUAACUGAAACCUUAAGUCGAGGAAGAGGUUUUGGUUCAUGCAUAAUAUAGGGUCGCUUCUGAUGAUUGAUCAUGGAUUAGGACGUCAGGAUCUUGCUAGAUGGAAGUGGACUGAAUUCACAAUCUGAAUUUCUAAUGUAUGACAAUCGUUGAAACGGUUUUGAAAACAGCUGUUAUUUUGACCAGUCCUAGCUUUAUCUCAAUGAGCUCUUAUAGGGACCAUACCUUAUGAAGUCUCAUUGGAGACUAUGUGUACUACAUGAGGUCUCUUAGCUGGAUCCGAUGUAUACUUCAUAAGGUGUCUUAGCUGGCUCCUGUUCAUUAUGAUGUGUCAGGCCCGACGUGUGCACAAUGAAGUCUCCUAGAGACCCUAUGUCUGCUCUAUAAAGUCUCAUAGCUGUCAUCUCUAUAGUAGGACUUCAGUGUACAAUCCACUGAUACGCGCCGAUUAUGUUGACAUCGAUGAAGGCAGCCCACCGCACCUCUCUGAUUCAGAGAUGUUGGGUUAAAAGCGGAAGACACAUUUCAGUUGACUGCAUUCAGUUGCACAACUGACAAGGUAUCCCCUUUCCCUUUCUCCCUCCCCUUUCCCUUUCUCCCUCCCCUUUCCCUUUCUCCCUCCCCUUUCCCUUUCUCCCUCCCCUUUCCCUUUCUCCCUCCCCUUUCCCUUUCUCCCUCCCCUUUCCCUUUCUCCCUCCCCUUUCCCUUUCUCCCUCCCCUUUCCCUUUCUCCCUCCCCUUUCCCUUUCCCUUUCUCCCUCCCCUUUCCCUUUCUCCCUCCCCUUUCCCUUUCUCCCUCCCCUUUCCCUUUCUCCCUCCCCUUUCCCCCACUGCGUAGCUAAAUUAAGCUUCAUAGCUGUGUUCUAUACUCCGUGGCACCUCCUAGCUGAUUGCUGUGUAUUUGAGUCUUCUCAGUAUUGUAUGGUGAGGGCUAAUAGAUAAGCUACAUAACAUUGCCAUGAGACUGACAUAACAGAUGACAUAACAGAUGUCAUUAAGAGUUAUAGCAACAUAAUAGACAGAUGUCAUUAGGAGUAAUAACAUACACUAUAUGAGCAAAAGUAUGUGGACACCUGCUCGUCGAACAUCUCAUUCCACAAUCAUGGUCUUUAAUAUGGAGUUGGUCUCCCCUUUGCUUCUAUAACAGCCUCCACUCUUCUGGGAAGGCUUUCCACUAGAUAUUGGAACAUUGCUGCGGGGACUUGCUUCCAUUCAGCCACAAGAGCACUAGUGAGGUUGGGCACUGAUGUUGGGCGAUUGGGCCUGGCUUGUAGUCGGCGUUCCAAAUCAUCCCAAAGAUGUUCGAUGGGGUUGAUGGCAGGGCUCUGUGCAGACCAGUCAAGUUCUUCCACACCGAUCUCAACAAACCAUUUCUGUAUGGAAUUUGCUUUUGCAUGGGGGCAUUGUCAUUGCUGUAACAGGAAAGGGCCUUCCCCAAACUGUUGCCACAAAGUUGCAAGCACAGAAUCAGAUUCGUCUGUCGGACUGCCAUAUGGUGAAGUGUGAUUCAUCACUCCAGAGAACGUGCUUCCACUGCUCCAGAGUCCAAUGGCGGCGAGCUUUAAACCACUCCAGCUGAUGCUUGGCAUUGCACAUGUUGAUCUUAGGCUUGUGUGCAGCUGCUCGGCCAUGGAAACCUAUUUCAUGAAGCUCCCGACGAGUUCUUGUGCUGAAGUUGCUUCCAGAGGGAGUUUGGAGUGUUGCAACCGAGGACAGACAAUUGUUUAGCACUACACGCUCCAGCACUCAGCGGUCCCGUUCUGUGAGCGUGAGUGGCCUACCACUUUGCGGCUGAGCCGUUGUUGCUCCUAGACAUUUCCACUUCACAAUGACAGUACUUACAGUUGACCGGGGCAGCUUUAGCAGCUCUAGCAAUUUGAUGAACUGACUUGUUGGAAAGGUGGCAUCCUAUGAUGGUGCCAUGUUGCAAGUCACUGAGCUCUUCAGUAAGGCCAUUCUACUGCUAAUAUUUGUCUGUGGAGAUUACAUGGCUUUGUGCGCAGUUGUAUACACCUGUCAUCAACUGGUGUGUGGCUGAAAUAGACGAAUCCACUAAUUUGAAGGGAUGUCCACAUACUCUUGUAUAUAUAGUGUAUGACUAUGUAUACGAUAUCUUACCUAUAGGGGUUCAGGAGUUGUAUGUAAAACGAAUGAAGUCUGAUAGCUGAGCUGAGUUGUAUGCAUAUGUAAGGCCAGUGAAUAAUGUAUAUGAGUACUCAUAAGAGUCGUAUAUACUGUAUGAGUUCUCUUGGCUAGUCUGAGGUCUGAAUAGGCAGUUAUGAACUGUUAAAAGACACUUGCUGCAUUCUCUCGGAUAUGUGUUCUAAAAUCUGAACUAAAGGUUUGCUGUCAGAUUGGUAAAUUAAUCUGAAUUGAGUUUGACACAUUGUCAAUCUAUAUAGGGGUAUAAUAAAUGUAUACCCUUUUUUGUGUUAUACAGAAGGCUGUGUAUAAAUGUACGUUUACACAUCCCCAUGAAUUCUGGGUAAAAAGCAUUCUAAUUGGAGAGAAUAUACUGUAUUGAUAGCAAAAGAUAUUUUGGGCAAAGCCAGCCUGUCACCUUAUUCCCCAUUUAAGUGCUCUACAUUUGACCAGAGCCCUAUUUACCUUGGUCAAAAGUAGUGCACUUAAUAGGGAAUAGGUUACCAUUUGGGAUGUAUCCACUGUGUUUCAGUGUUGUUGAGGAGUCUGGAUGCAGCAGGUGACUUUGAACAGUGACAGACAGACUGUGUGUUUGACCGGUCUCGUAACGUACAGUAUAAGUGCUGUGUGAACAAAAUGAGCAGGAAUCAACAAGGAAAAGCUUCAUAUAUAAUAUAUGAGGUAUAUUCCUGAUAUAUGAAGAUAAUUCUGUUUGAAUCGAGGACCUCGAUAAAAGCAUACACUGUUCUGUACAGUGUUGUCUUUAAUCGUCCGGCAUUGAUGACUAAGGAGUUUCCUGAUGGAAAACUGUAUGAAUAAGUGUCCAUACACACUCAAAGUCUUCACAAAUUAAACUUUUGCAAAAGUGACCUUGUUCUUAAACAGAUAAGUCUACACGCAACAAAUGACUUUUAUAUUUGUUCAUUUGAAAGCACAAAGCUAUGAUUAAAAGUUUGACUAUUUUCCUAUUGUUACAUUCAAACACAUUGCUUGUUUAUUCUCUCUAUGUUGAAACGGUGAUAAUUCUAUGUCCUUUUUUUCAGACUCUUUUUCUGUGAUACAUAGUUUAAGGUAUCCUAGGAUAUACAGUGCUAUGUACAUACAUACGUAGUACUCCUGUAGCAUACAAUGAACUAGCAUUCCUUUAUAUGUUUUUCACAAGCUGUAUGUAGCUGAAAUUGGACUGUUAUUUUAGCAAAUUUAAAAUGUGACAACUGAGGUAAGCCGCUUUCAAAUUUUUAAAUAAAAUUGAAGUAUACUUUCUUUUUAA